ACAUAUUCCAUUUCGUAGUUUGAAAGUUUCGUUUCAAAAGGAACAAACGCCAUUUCCAUGAUCGAAAGCUAAGCUAAGCUAAGCGCCUUUCUUCUGAAUCUGAAAUACGUGACAAAACUCCGUUGGUUCUCCCUCGAAUUCUUCGUGUUUUGCUGCAGAAAAGAAUAUCCAAUCUGUAUUUUGGGAGACUGUAUUGCUUUCUGUACUGAGAAAUGGCUAGCAAUGUUAAGGGAAGAACAACUUUGGAGGUUGGAGCUGAUGGAGUCGCUCUUAUCACGAUCAUUAAUCCUCCAGUCAACUCACUUUCUUUUGAUGUAUUAUUCAGCUUGAAAGAGAGUUAUGAACAGGCUUUGCAAAGAGAAGAUGUGAAGGCAAUUGUUGUUACAGGUGCCAGGGGAAAGUUCUCUGGUGGCUUUGAUAUAACAGCCUUCGGUGGACUGCAAGGUGGAAAGGCGGUGGAACCACGGCCUGGCUACAUUUCCGUGGAUGUGAUCACUGACAUAUUCGAAGCUGCUAGAAAGCCAGCCGUUGCUGCAGUUGAUGGACUUGCUUUGGGUGGAGGGUUAGAGGUGGCAAUGGCAUGCCAUGCACGAGUUUCAACCAAAACUGCACAGUUUGGAUUACCUGAACUUCAGCUUGGAUUAAUUCCUGGUUUUGGAGGAACACAGCGACUUCCUCGUCUUGUUGGUCUUUCAAAGGCUUUAGAAAUGAUGCUGACUUCCAAGCCAGUCAAAGGAGAAGAAGCUUUUUCUCUGGGACUUGUGGAUGCUAUAGUCCCUUCUGAAGAGUUGGUCAGCACUGCACGCAAAUGGGCUCUGGAUAUCUCAGAGCGGAGGAAACCAUGGAUUAUCAGUCUUCACAGGACCGAUAAGUUAGAGGCUCUUGGUGAUGCUAGAGAAAUAUUUAAAUUUGCUAGAGCUCAGAUACGGAAGCAGGCUCCAAAUCUCAGACAUCCACUAGUUUGCAUUGAUGUUGUUGAAACGGGUGUAGUCUCGGGUCCCCGUGCUGGACUUCUGAAGGAGAUUGAAGAUUUUCAAGUACUUCUACAUGCUGAUACCAGUAAAAGCUUGAUUCAUAUAUUUUUUGCUCAGCGUGGAACAACAAAGGUACCUGGAGUUACUGAUCUUGGGUUGACACCAAGACGUAUUAGUAAAGUCGCUGUUGUUGGUGGAGGAUUAAUGGGAUCUGGGAUAGCUACAGCAUUGAUUCUUAGCAACUAUCCUGUGAUUCUUAAAGAAGUAAAUGAUAAAUUUUUGGAGGCUGGUCUUGGUAGAGUCAGAGCUAAUCUACAAAGUCGAGUCCGCAAGGGGAAAAUGACUUCAGAAAAAUUUGAAAAAGCUAUUUCCCUACUCAAGGGCGUCCUUGACUAUGAAAGUUUCAAAGAUGUGGAUAUGGUGAUUGAGGCUGUUAUAGAGAACAUCUCUCUGAAGCAACAGAUUUUGGUUGAUCUUGAGAAAUAUUGCCCUCCACAUUGCAUACUUGCUUCCAAUACUUCCACAAUAGAUUUAGAGCUGAUUGGAGAAAGAACACAUUCUCACGAUAGAAUUGUCGGAGCUCAUUUUUUCAGUCCAGCACACGUUAUGCCACUAUUGGAAGUUGUUCGUACUAAAAGGACAGCUCCACAAGUAAUUGUUGAUUUGGUAGAUGUUGGAAAAAAGAUAAAGAAAACGCCUGUUGUUGUUGGCAAUUGCACUGGUUUUGCUGUCAAUAGGAUGUUUUUCCCAUAUACUCAAGCUGCAUUGUUACUUGUAGAACAUGGAGUAGAUCCAUAUCAGAUCGACAGGGCAAUUUCUAAGUUUGGAAUGCCAAUGGGCCCCUUCAGAUUGAUUGAUCUUGUUGGUUUUGGUGUGGCUAUAGCAACCGGUGGUCAGUUUGUUCAGAAUUUUCCUGAUAGAACCUUCAAAUCUAUGAUAAUUCCUCUUAUGCAAGAGGAUAAGAGAGCAGGUGAAACAACUCAGAAAGGUUUUUAUGUCUAUGACAAGAACCGCAAGUCCAAGCCAGAUCCGGAGUUAAAGAAGUAUAUUGAAAAGGCCAGGAGCAUGUCUGGCAUUUCUGUAGACCCUAAGCUGGCAAAGUUAUCAGAGAAGGACAUCAUCGAGAUGAUAUUCUUCCCUGUGGUGAAUGAAGCGUGCCGUGUACUCGCCGAAGGUAUAGCAGUGAAAGCAGCCGACUUGGACAUUGCUGGUGUAAUGGGCAUGGGUUUUCCACCUUAUAGGGGAGGAGUGAUGUUUUGGGCUGAUUCUCUUGGAUCAAAAUACAUCUAUUCAAGAUUGGAGGAAUGGUCAAAACUGUAUGGUGGAUUCUUUAAGCCUUGUGCUUACUUGGCUGAAAGAGCUGCUCAGGGCGCAACCUUGAGUUCUCCUUCGAGUGUCUCAAAAUCUCGUUUAUAAGAAGAUUUAUCGAACGAAAAAACUUGGAAUAAAAUCAUAAAGAUGCCCAAUAGUACUUGCUUUGGGUUUAUGCAUUGUGUAUGUGAGGAACUCAUAAUUAAGGGGCCCUUAGAAUGAUAUGACAAACAGGUAUGAAUCAAACUUCUACGUAUCAAUAAUAAUCAAUUAAAAAGAAAACAGAAAUUUAUGUUUUU